GAUAAAACGGGUUUUUCAGCGCAUGCGCAAAAUCGCCGAUGCUGCUGGUAGAGAGACCUGGCUGCCGUAUUCGUUGUUUUUGAACCAUUUCUGCAGCGCUGCAUCGAUCCGGCAUCGAUUUUGCAUCGAUUCGUGAGUUUGCAGCGCCGGCCUGUGCGGUGCAGCACUCCCAAACGCAGUCGUAGCAGCGAUGGCGAGCUUCGACGACGCCAGCGUCGACGGCGACACACUGGGCGGCGCCUUCGCUGCCUUAGAGUUGGUGCCCGAUACAUUAACCUACACGCGCUGCACGAUCGCGCAAGACGCUGACAAAACAUGGCGCGUCGCCUACGCGUACAGUUUUUGUGGAGGGCCCGAAGCCUGGAUGAAGGUGACGCUGCCGCCCCGGGACGCCAUGAAUGACGAGUGUCGGCGCGUCCUGGCGCACGCGGGUUUAGUGUUGCUCUGCUGGCCGUGGAUGGCGACGCCCUGCCGGAAAAUAGUCUGCAAGGCCACGGCGUUGACGGCGGACCAACGGCAGUUCUGGGCGGACUUCUACCGCGAGGCCUUCGCCGAGUUCGCGCUGCACAACAACUUGGAUGAGGACGCUUGUGAUAUCGAGGUCGAGGCUGAACUCGCGGAAGACGCGGAGCCGGUCGCAGCGCAGCACCAAGGUGAUGUAAGGGUGCUCUGCGGGUUGGGUGGCGGCAAGGAUUCGUUGGUCGCGUGGUUGCUGAGUACGAGGCAGCCGCGCGUCUCUACGGUGGAUUGGCUCUACGUCGACGACGGCGGCGACGAAUACGAGAACUCAAAACGAUUGCAAGGUGUCGUGCGGACGGCGGGCGGCGCGGCGUACCUGGCGAAGCACGACUUCUCGAAUCUAACGGAAAGUACGUAUCGGACGCCGUGCGGCCACCCCUGGGCGGCGUUGUGUGCUUUCGACGGUGUGGGUGUGGCUGCACUGCUGGGCUACGACGGGUUCGUCGUGGGGCACGAGCGGUCCGCGGCCGAGGGCAACGGCGUCUUUUUUGGAGGUAGAGAGGUGAACCAUCAGUUCGACAAGUCGUUGGCCUGGGAGGCGGCCCUGCGUUCGUAUUUGGGGCGGCUGUCGUCGGUGAGCUACGUGUCGCCGCUGCAGCCGCUCUGGGACCUGCAGGUGGCCGGCGUCUUCUGCCUCGAGGUUUCGUUACGGCCCUUCUACUCGUUAUUCCGGUCCUGCAACGACUCGGGCGAUUGUGCGGAGCGGUGUGGAAAUCAAGCAGUGAGCUAGGUUAUGCUGUUACGAGGACAACGUCGCGUCGAUGGCGUGGGGCGCCCGAAGUUUGAUUCCCACAUAGGUGAUGCGUGGUGCGGGGCCUGCGCCAAGUGCGCCUUUGUGUUUUGUGCUUUGUCGGCGUUCCGCGACGACGCCUCCCGAAUAUUCCACGGCGUCGACCUGUACGGCGAGCCGGACAUGAUCCCCUUCUUCGAGGAACUGGUCGGGUCCGAAAAGGCGAUGGACUGCGUCGGCACGGCCCGCGAGACCGCGCUGGCGUUGGCGUUGGCGCGGCGGCGGCGCAAAGUCAUCGGCGUGGCGCUGGCCGCGUUUACUGAUGGGAACGUUCGCCACGCGCAUUUGUUGAUUGAGCGGGGGGCCGCGGCCUCGGCGCCGGCGUGGUGGGAUUCAAACGUGCUCGAGUCGCUCGACUCGGUCAAGGCGCUCGCGGCGCUGCAUGCUCAGAUCGAGGAAGAGCGCUCGAAAGGGACGUACGUGAACCGGCUCUGUGCGGCCCUGCCGACGGAGCCGGUCGACCCGAGCGGGUGGACGCGGCGGUCGGACGGGCAGUGAUGUGUAAGUUUUGUA